CGCGGGACAACCAGGAACUCGGGCUCAGUCUCCACCCCGAGGGGGGCGGGUCCGCCGGCAUAAGUACGCCCGAGGUGGGGUCUCCGCCGCCGCUGAGGACGCCCGCAGUCCCGACUCGGCUCGUGAGAGAGGCUUCUGUCAGGUGACUGGUUCUGAUUGUAACCAUGGCCAUGGCAACCAAAGGAGGGACCAUCAAGGCUGCUUCAGGAUUCAGUGCCACUGAAGAUGCCCAGGCCCUGAGGAAGGCCAUGAAAGGACUUGGCACCGAUGAGGACGCCAUUAUCAGAGUCCUGGCCUAUCGCAACACUGCCCAGCGCCAGGAAAUCAGGACGGCCUAUAAGACCACCAUCGGCAGGGACUUGAUGGAUGACUUGAAGUCAGAACUGAGUGGCAACUUCGAGCAGGUGAUCAUCGGCAUGAUGACGCCCACCCUGCUGUACGAUGUGCAGGAGCUGCGAAGAGCCAUGAAGGGAGCCGGCACAGAUGAGGGUUGCCUGAUCGAAAUCCUGGCCUCCCGGACCCCAGAGGAAAUCCGACUUAUCAACCAGACCUACCAGCAGCAAUAUGGACGGAGCCUUGAAGAUGACAUCCGCUCUGACACAUCGUUCAUGUUCCAGAGGGUGCUGGUGUCUCUGUCAGCUGGUGGCAGGGAUGGAGGGAAUUACCUGAAUGAUGAUCUCAUGAGACAGGAUGCCCAGGAGCUAUAUGAGGCUGGAGAGAAGAAAUGGGGGACAGAUGAGGUGAAAUUUCUAACUAUACUCUGUUCCAGAAAUCGCAACCAUCUCUUGCAUGUGUUUGAUGAAUACAAAAGAAUAUCACAGAAGGAUAUUGAACAGAGCAUUAAAUCUGAAACAUCUGGUAGCUUUGAAGAUGCUCUCCUGGCUAUAGUGAAGUGUAUGAGGAAUAAACCUGCAUACUUUGCUGAAAGGCUUUAUAAAUCUAUGAAGGGCUUGGGCACGGAUGAUAGCACCCUCAUCAGAGUGAUGGUUUCCCGUGCAGAGGUCGACAUGCUGGACAUCCGGGCAAACUUCAAAAGGCUCUAUGGAAAGUCUCUGUACUCUUUCAUCAAGGGCGACACCUCAGGAGACUACAGGAAAGUACUGCUCAUUCUCUGUGGAGGAGACGACUAGAACAAAUCCCACCACUGGAGGAUUCACAACACUGAUUGCUUCUUUAACUUCAUUUUUUCUACACUGCUAUUAGCAUUAGCUCAGGAUGCUUAUUUCUGAUUACAACGCCUACAGUUGCCUCCCAGAGUAUAGAUGGUAUUAUUAUUAUCUAUAAUUAGUCAUUUUGAUGCUUUAAAGCUGUACUUGCUUUUCAAAGCUUGUAAGACCUAAAUGAAGAGUUAAACUUAGAGAUUAAAAUGUGCCCUGUGUUUUCACCAGGUUAUUCCUUGUGUUUCACAGAGAUUGAAUGUGUUUUGCUAACUGGGAAAACAAAACUACGAAAAAAACCCUUAAAAUUAAAAUUGUCUUGCAAUCACUUUUUUCCUAGCCCAACUUUCAGAAUGCCUGGUAAUUUCUUCAUUUAAAAUUGUGAGUACCUAAUUAGUAAUAAUACCCACCCAGGUUUUUAUUUCUUGUAGACACACACUGAAAGGACCCACACUUCUCUUUUUGGUUUUGUCUUUAGUAUUAGUUGAUCUUCAUGUGUAUCAUGGGAGAUUUCAACUUCUUCUUUGUUGAGAUUUUUCUUCCAGUUGAAGCUUACCAAAAUCACCAUGUGUAAGCAAACUAAGUUUGGAGUGUAUAGUUAUACAGAUCAUCUAUGUUUAGUUGUCAAACAUAAAUGCUAACAUUCCACAAUAUUAAUGUCUUACUAUAGUUUAAAAAGUUAGUGGGGGAAAAAGCUUUGAAUGAGAUAAUUCUGGCAACACUAUAAUGCUCUGAUGUACUUUGGUUUAAAAUGUUUGUGCUUAAUGUAAUUUUUUAAAUAUUUUUAAAUUUUGUUGAUUUGUAGUCAUUUGCAUUGUGCUUUUCCACCUUACAAUCAUUCUGGAAAUGUAUUCGAUUUAAUUGGAAAGUUUGCUUUGUAUACAACAUGGGAAAAUUUAAUAAAAAUGAUGCUUUUAAAGUGAGGUAUAUUCUA